UUGGGAGAGGAGCUGCUCGCUGACUUCAGCUCUACUCAGAGGAACAGACAGGUUCUUCUGUAAAGGGGGAGGGGGAGAGGAAAAGCCAUUAUUUAUUCCUGAAAAGAAAGGAGCUUGGAAAAUAAAAAAAGCUACUGUACAGCUAGACAUACGUAUUUUAGAGAGAAGGAUGCUUUGGAAGACUUUGGUGCUGCUGCUGUUCUAUUACAAUGCUCAUGCCACUCUAACCCACAGAUGGAGCAGAGCUAUGCUUUUCCCAGCUGCUCAGCGAUUCAAGAGGUCCUCAGCUGCCUUCCUUAACCCAGUGCUACAAAACUCUCUGGAAGAUGUGGUCCUGCUUUAUGAGUUUCUUUUAGCUGAGCUUGACAUUGACAAAGGUCAGAGGAUCUCCAUCAAAGAUGAGGAGCUGGCUUCCCUGAGGAAGGCUGCUGAGUUCAACACCAUCUGCAAUGAGAUUAUCCCCAAGAGCAUCCCAGAGAUCCGCAGGCUGAGCAGCAGGCUGUCUUCCUACCCGAGGGUCCUCAAGAAAGAGGACUUUGAAAGGACAGUGCUGACCAUGGUCUAUGCGGCCUACAGAGCUGCUCAGUCCCAGGGGCACCAGAAGGACACUUGGGCUGAAUCCUUUGUCCAUCUCUACAAAGCCCUGAAGAACGACUUGAUGCUCUCCUACAGCAAGCAGCCCUCAUAGUGGAAGAGGAGCAGCGCCUCAGCCACCUGCUCUGGUUGAGGAAGGACACAAUGGAGCACACCCACCACUUUAUUUUGUAAAGAGUUCAAUAGCCUGCUUCGUGAACGAUUGUUCGUUUUCUGGCUCCCUCUUGUGGAAUCUGCUUUCUAGUGCCAUGCUAAACGGUGAAAAACAUCUUCAGUCCUGAGAAUUCGAUUUUUGUGCUGGCUUGGAGGCACGUUCUGUGACAGGAAAAUAAGGGAGGUACACCCAGGCAGACCCUUGUUUCAGGCCAACCCUUGAUUUCAUCCUUUGGGUUUCCUAUAAGCAAUACAUAAAUGUACUGUGCUUAUGCUCACAUGCUGAUGUGUAAGUGCUGCAGAGUCCUGCUCUCCUAGCUGGGGAAACAAGUUCAUGUUUUGGCUGGCCAAUAAGAGAAUAUUACCCAGAUGUGAAGGCCCGCUGGAAAAGGAAGAUGUUUCAUAACCAUCAGCCUUCAGAAAUUAUGCCACAUUUUAUUCAUUCCAAAUGUUCUCAUAAAUAAGCCCUCUCUGAUUCGCUUAAUUUGGCCGAGCCAGUGUUUAAUUGCAAUAACAUUUAUAGAAGACAAAGGGCAUUGUGAAGACCAGCAGCAAACAAUGCCUGUGAACGUAUUCCCAGCUUCUUGGAGCUGUCCUCCCAAACAGUCUGCAACGAUUCUUUCAUUAUUUGCACAUGACUUUGCUUCUGCUGCUUGUUUUUUUGAAAGGAACAUGUAUUUGUCCUCAGUGGAAUCCAAGGCAAGACAAAGGCCUGAUUUAAUUUAAUAAUGACACAUUUUUUCCUGGUUCUAUCACUUGAACAUAGAUCAUCAAAACUCAUGCUUCAGAAUCCCUCUGAGGCAAGGGAGGAAGGUGCAUUAAAACAUACCUGGUGCUGAAUUUGGCACUGUGGCUCUUUUUUCAACAGCAAAUUGUAUAUUCAUUUGAGUGUAUGCGUGUAUGUGUGUCUGUGUGUGUCUAUGCUCACGCAUGUGUGUGCACAUAAGUGCUGAGUAUGUAGAAGAAUCCCAAAUUUUUCAGUCAGUGAACAAUUGCAUCUGAGCACUUAGCAGAAGAGGCUAUUUAUCAAUUCAGUGGUGCGAAUUAUGAAUUUGGGCAGCAAAGGAAAAACUGUACAAAUACUGCAACCAAUUAUAAUAAACUCCCCAAAAAAUCAUGAACAGAAAAAAGGCACAAAAAGGAGAUAUAUUUUGUCAGACAAGACGACUAGCUAUCAAAAAUCCAAACUCUUCUAAAUCAAACCCCCCAUUUUUCGUGCAGAAGUGAUAUAAACUCUGUUUUUCUAUUGAUAUUGUUUUCCAGACCAUGGGAAAAUAGCUGCACCUUUAUUUCAUCCUUUCGUACCAUCAUUCUCUAUCUUUCUAUUGCAUAAUAUCUUAAGGGCUCAGGCCCAAAUCACAAAUCCCCAGGACUAAAACAGACCUAAGAAUUCCAGCCCAAGUUCUGAACCAGGUUUAACUAAUUUUGCAUCACUUGAACCAAAGGAAUUAAUUCCUCUGUGUCCCUUGAAAGGGGUACUUCAAGGACUGGAGCUGACAAAACCCACCCAUAAGCGCAGCAAGGAGCAGAGUGCAAGCAGUCAGACCACGCUGGGUUUGGCAAACACCUGUGGGAACGUGGAAGCACAGCAGCCUUAGGGGCAGUCUGGCCAUGGCAUUAGCAGCUGGACAAAGGGCUUAUAAAAGACAGAGUGAGACUUGUUUCCCCCAGGAGUUUCUGGAUUUGUGUGUGCGAGUGUGCGCGUUCAUUCAGACACACCCUUGUGCAGGAGCACUUUUACACCUGAGGAAUUCUGCUGGCCAUUUUCAGAGCCUGUCUGGCAGGUGGUGAAGGAAACUGCAAACCUCAGCCACAAAGCUGUGGGCCACAAAUAUCUCUGUCUCCUCUGCUUGCACACAAAGAGCUCAGCACCCCCAAAGCAGCCUUGUGCUCCUGCCCACAUGCCCUUUGAGCCCUCAGCUUUAACUCCGAUGAUCUGCUUGUGAUUUCUUCCCCCACCAUGCUUUAUAAACACAUGAAGGAGAAAUGCCACAGAAUGCAAUACUGCCUUUCCAGCUCUGCUUCCUUUCUCCCUGGAACACCACUUGCUGGAAGAGCUUGGAACCAGGGGAAUCCAUAAAUGCCUCAUAGCCAGCUACUCCAAGGCUGCAAAAAUACCAGGACAGCAAAAUAGAGCAAAUAUUAAUUGCUAGCAGUCACCAAUCAGAGAAAUACCUCCCAGCCAUGUUCCUCACCCCAAAACAGGACUGUCCAGCAGAGUUUACUAAUCAUAAAAUGUCCCAUAAAAAAGAAUUACAAUUUUUAAUAUCUUAUAAUUCCCAAUGGUAUACAUACCUUACCCUACUUACAAAUUGUCAACUGAAACAUUUAUCUCCUCAACAGAGAAUAAAGGUUUUAUGAGAUUGUUUCACUCCUCCUUUUACUGUGUGUAAUGUAAGAAAAAGAUUUAUUCCUUGGGAAAGUGCUUGGACUACCCAGGUUAA